UUCAGCCAUUGCUCUGCCCUUUUCCUCUCUCUUGUGGACACCCCUUAAAAUACAGGGGGAAAGGAAUCUGAGAGUGCCCCCUUGCCCUAAAAAAUGCCCGGAGAGAGCUAGCUAGCUACCUUCCUCACAUUCCUAAGGGACCCACGGGAACUGAGAUCUAAGUGUCUCUGUGGUGAUGUUUGAGAGAGGUGCAGCGGGGAUAUAUUGCUGUCUGAUUUCAGAGGCUAUACUCUCCCUGAUAUUUCAACUACAUCUCCUGCCUCUUUCUGAUCUGUGUGGACGCCGCUGCAGAUCCCAUCCGCCUCCCUCCAGUCCUCUGCACAGUGCCAUAUGCCGUGUGUGGCAGUCAGGUCUGGCAUACUGGAGCUCAUGGAGAUCUGCUGAAGCUCAACGAAGAAUCAGAAUCGGAAUGCUUCCUGAAUGGGUCGCAGGAGAGUCCCCUAAGGAGCGCUUAGGUCCCAAUUGCAAGCUGCUUCCUUCCCCCCACUCAAUUUUUGGGGAUGUGGCAGUCUAAAAGAGGGCUAGGCUUUACCACCAAGACCUCAGGCCUCUCCCAACCACCACCCCCACACUCCUAGCCAUCUUCGGCAGGUCCCAUUCCUGGCUCCAUCGGUGCUUUCGCCCGAGCCGCAGCUAUGCUACACACCGAGGGCCACGCUCUUCUUCGGGCGGUGGGUCAGGGUAAGCUUCGCUUGGCCCGUUUGCUUCUGGAGGGAGGAGCCUACGUGAAUGAGGGUGAUGCCCAGGGGGAAACUGCGCUAAUGGCGGCCUGCAGGGCCCGCUACGAUGACCCUCAGAACAAGGCACGCAUGGUACGCUACCUCCUGGAGCAAGGCGCGGACCCCAACAUCGCAGACCGUUUAGGACGCACCGCGCUCAUGCACGCUUGCGCCGGGGGUGGGGGAGCAGCAGUGGCCUCUCUGCUUCUUGCCCACGGCGCAGACCCCUCAGUCCGAGAUCACGCUGGCGCUUCGGCGCUUGUCCACGCCCUGGACCGCGGGGACCGUGAGACCCUUGCCACGCUGCUGGACGCCUGCAAGGCCAAGGGCACGGAGGUCAUCAUCAUAACCACGGAUACCUCGCCCUCGGGCACCAAGAAGACCAGGCAGUAUCUCAAUUCCCCACCGUCCCCGGGGGUGGAGGAUCCUGCACCCGCUCCUCCUAGUCCAGGGGUCUGCACGUCGCCUUCUGAAGUCCAGCUGCAAACUGCAGGAGGAGGACGGAGCUUGUUAUCCCCUCGCGCCCAGGAAGAAGAGGAGAAAAGAGACAUAUUUGAAUUUCCUGUUCCUAAGCCCCCUGACGACCCUUCCCCUUCCGAGCCUCUCCCCAAGCCGCCUCGACAUCCUCCAAAACCACUCAAAAGGCUCAACUCUGAGCCCUGGGGCCUUGUGGCUCCUCCUCAACCGGUCCCUCCUGCCGAAGGAAGGCCGGGGAUGGAGCGCCUGGCCGCUGAAUUUAACGGCCUGACCCUAACCGGUAGACCGCGUCUUUCCCGGCGUCACAGCACCGAAGGCCCGGAGGACCCGCCCCCAUGGGCGGAGAAAGUGACAGGCGGGGGUCCUCUCUCGCGCCGAAACACAGCGCCCGAGGCUCAGGAGUCUGGUCUUCCUGCAGGGCUAAGGCAAAAACUGAGCCGCAUGGAGUCCGUGGAGCUCGAUACCCCUGGACAUUUUUGCCCUGACUCACCCGAGUGCAGCCGCUUAUCCCUGGAGCGCCGGCGGUACAGCGCCUCUCCGCUGACCCUCCCUCCAGCGGGCUCAGUUUCUUCUCCGCGCCAGUCCCAAGAGAGUCUGCCCGGGGCUGUAUCCCCGCUGAGCGGACGGAGGCGGAGUCCCGGGCUGCUGGAACGCAGGGGUUCCGGGACCCUGCUCCUGGACCACAUCUCGCAAACGCGACCUGGUUUCUUGCCUCCUCUCAACGUCAGCCCCCACCCUCCCAUCCCCGACAUCCGCCCCCAACCCGGAGGUCGGGCACCCUCACUGCCUGCCCCUCCUCAUUCUGGGGCACCAGGGUCUCCCAGGACCAAGCGCAAGUUGGUGAGACGCCACUCCAUGCAGACUGAGCAGAUUCGCCUGCUAGGGGGUUUCCAGAGUCUAGGCGGGCCAGGGGAACCGGGGCGCUGAGUGAGAGCCACCAAGGAGGGGGAGGGUCAGGCCCCAUGGCGGGAGAACCAGCUGAUACCUCAGACACGGGAUCUCUUGCAUGUGCUCACGGCACUGUGCACGCACACAUGGGUAAGCAUGUGUCCACAAGCACAGUACACUCACUAGCGAGGAAGGAUAAAUACUGUGUUUACUGGGCGUAUAGAACCACGCAUUCGUGUCCUGGUCUUUUCACACGCACACGGGAUUAAUUGGGUGCCCAGAGGCACAGCACACCAACAGAGGACCACAUGUGCUAGGGUCCUAGACUCACUGGCAUUUGUUCAGAAGCAGCAGGGAGCCCCCACUUAAGGAUGGUCUCCUGUAUCUUUGCCCUCCUGGAAAAGCGAUCCCUUGCUUUCUAUGUAUGCCCUGAAACGCGGCCUAUCGUACUUUCGCAUACGCUGCUUUCUCUUCAUGAAUCUCUCUCCCCUUCGCAUACGCUGCUUUCUCUUCAUGAAUCUCUCUCCCCUUCGCAUACGCUGCUUUCUCUUCAUGAAUCUCUCUCCCCUUCGCAUACGCUGCUUUCUCUUCAUGAAUCUCUCUCCCCUUCGCAUACGCUGCUUUCUCUUCAUGAAUCCCUCUCCCCUUCGCAUACGCUGCUUUCUCUUCAUGAAUCCCUCUCCCCAUUCUGCAGGUCUUGCUUCUCCAUGCCUGGCUCCUUGCUCACACCCGGCUUCCAUCCGCUUUUCAGAAUGUCUUCACUUUUCUUAGGGUUCCCGCAACAGCGCCCAGUCUCGGUUCUGUUGCUGCCUUCCAUGCUCUCAACUUGCUUUUUAUUCCCACCCUGCACCCCACCCCCCAAAACACACACCACUACAGAUCGUCCUGGUUACUCCAGGGGGUGGGUCAUGGGCUCGAAGCUGAUCUUCUGUGUGUCUGAGCUUAUGAACACCCCUACAGGUAGAAGUGGGCAGUAAGCCUAAGCCAGCCCCCCUUGCCACUUGACAUGUCAAAUAAAUGUGUUCCGA